GUGUGCUACCUAUCAAUGGGCAUGGUUGUGCUGCUUAUGGGCCUUGUCUUUGCCUCCCUUCACAUCUACAGAUACUUCUUCCUUGCUCAGCUGGCCCGAGACAACCUCUUUCACUGUGGCGUGCUCUACGAAGACUCCCUGUCCUCCCAGAUCCGGACUCGCAUGGAGCUGGAGGAAGAUGUGAAAAUCUACCUUGAGGAGAACUAUGAACGCAUCAUCCCCGUGCCCCAGUUUGGUGGCGGCGACCCUGCGGACAUUAUCCAUGACUUCCAGCGGGGUCUCACUGCCUACCACGACAUCCUGGACAAGUGCUACGUCAUCGAACUCAACACCACCAUUGUGCUACCCCGGAACUUCUGGGAGCUCCUCAUGAAUGUGAAGGUCGGGACCUACCUCCCACAGACAUACAUCAUCCAGGAGGAGAUGGGGACAGAGCAUGUCAGUGACAAGGAGGCUCUGGGUUCCUUCAUCUACCACCUGUGUAACGGGAAGGACACCUACCGGCUGCGGCGCCCGGCUACCCGGAGGCGUGAGUCUGGGGCCAAGAACUGCAAUGCCAUCCGCCACUUUGAGAACACAUUCGUGGUGGAGACGCUCAUCUGUGGGGUGGUGUGAGGCCUCCCCUCCAGGCCCACCCCUCCCCUCUUUCCUUCUGGCCACUCUCUGGCCCUCCUCCUCCCUUUGCUUAGCUUGUACCUUGGGCACUUUUCCAUAGAUGUGACAUGUCUCACCGUCCUUUCCAGCCCCACCCUCCUCCCUGUACCAGGGCUGUGAUCUCUCAAGGGGACCUCUGAGUCUGCUGGUCUUUCAAGUGUGCAGCGGGCGAGAUGGGACAGUCGCCCGAGCUGGUUUCUGUAACCCAUUGUUUUAAGUCGGCUCCCCAGUGGCUGGGCCAAGGGGAAGGACUAAAGGGAGGAGCUGGGCACGGAAAGCCUGGGUAGGGGCAAGCGCAUGGAU